GACAGAGCAGCAGUAGGGCCGAGGGGCCACCCCGAGCCCCAGCGCCACGGGCCAUGGACGGCUUCAUGGAGGCCCUGAACAGGCUGAAGGCCGUCCACGAGCAGGAGGUCCUGGGCCUGCAGAACAAGCUUCUGGAGCUGAACUCAGAGCGAUGCCGGGACGCCCAGAGGGUGGAGGAGCUCUGCACCAAGAACCACCAGCUCCGGGAGCAGCAGAAGGCCCUGAAGGACAACGUGCGGGUGCUGGAGAACAGGCUGCGGGCUGGCCUGUGCGACCGCUGCACCGUCACGCAGGAGCUGGCCCGGAAGAAGCAGCAGGACUUCGAGACCUCGCUCCUCCAGCACCUGCAGCACAUCUGCGUCCUCACCAGCGAGAUGAACCGGCUGCAGGAGGAGAAUGAGACCCUGAGGGAAGAGGUGGCCCAGCUUCGGGGCUCGGGGCCCAAGCCCCCGUGCAGGGAGGGCACUCCGGACACCACCUCGCCCCCGCCAUGCAUCUCCCCGGGCGCACGCAAGGCCACGGAAGAGAAGCUGCCAGGGGAGGAGGCGGAGGACCACCCCGCAGAGAAGCUGGUGUACCGGGCGUCUCCAGGGGCCAAAAUCUCCCCGAGUGCCAACCCUGCCGAGCCGAGGGCCCCAGACGUGAGUCCCCAGCGGAUCUCCAACCAGCUGCACGGGACCAUCGCCGUGGUACGGCCAGGCGCCCGGGCCUGCUCCGCCGACCGGAGCUCCGCCGACGGGACGCCUCCCGCCCUGGGCGGCCCACCCAGCCCGCCUUACGAGCGCGGCCUGCCCCUGGACAGCUUCCCGCGGGCCCCCCGGCCCUCUGCCGUGACCUACGAGUCCCUGAAGCACUCCCUCCAGGCUGACCGCCUCUGUCUCCUGAGCCACCGCCUGUCCCUGCACCUGCGGAGCUGCCACAGCAGCCCCCGGGACCCCGCCACAGCCCCCCGGGCCCCGAAGGCCGGCGAGGAGGAGGCCUGGGAGGAGCCCCCGGGCCUGCUGGGCCUGUCGGGCCCCCUGGUGGACCUGCGGGGCCAGCGGCUGCAGGGGGCCCUGAGCCUGCUCCUGGCCCAGCAGCUGCGGGCGCAGGGCCAGGCGGACGGGGCCAGGCCGAGGGGCCCCCACAGGCCAGGGGAGACACUGCCCUCCCCGCCGGUCGGGUCUGACUCGGAGGGGCCGGAGGGCGAGGUGGCCAGGGCAGCCCUGCCCGGGAAGCGGCACCCACGGCCCACGGGCUCCGGCAGCCCCAGGGCGAAGGAGGCCCGGACCACGCAGGACCACGUUCCAGACAAGCCCCUGGACCUCUCGGAGUGGGGCCGGGGCCGGGACGCCCCCAAGUCCACGGGCCGGCCAGGGUCACUCAGCCCCCAAACUGCGCGCACCCCCAGUCCUGAGACACCCCAGCGAGCGGAGCCUCCUACCCAGUCUGGACCUUGGGGACGCAGCAAUGGCACCAAGGGGACCAGAGCACCGGAGCAGGAAGAACCUCGCACCCCCGAGGACCCCCCACAGCCCCUCCCGGGGCCCCAGCCCAGCCUGCUGUCUCCGGGUAGGCCCGGAGAUGAGUCCAGAGAGAGGCCCAAACCGUCCCCACACCCACAGAGGCCUGACGCUGAGGGCCGCCCGGAGCUCAGCAAGCCCGAGGCGCAGCCGCCGGUGCCGGACGAGCCGGACCAGCCGCCCACACCAGAUGCUUCCGACGAUGAAGGGGGCCUGAGCCCUGAGGAGGCCUCACCAAGCCCUCGGGGGAAGGCACCCAGGUGCUUCUGCACCGCGGAGCCCCGGCAGGGCCGCCCCCUGAAGAGGAAGCAAGCCCCGUCCUCUGACCCACGGGACAAAGGCUCCAAGAAGCUGUCCUGAGGCAGAAGGAACUCCAGGAAAGCCCCUGGCGGCAGCCAGGGGCCCGGGAGCCCCAGACCCUGAGGACCAGGGCCCCUCGUCUGGCAGCAGCGGCCAGGGGAGACCCACAGCGCUUGGGACAGGGCACCACGGCCCACCCACCUGACUGACCGAGGCCAGGACAGCUCCCACUGCCAGCACAGCCCGGUCUGGGGGGAAGGGGUCUGGGUCCUCACAGUGGGCACGGGAGCUGGGAAGGCCGAGAGGGAGCCUUUAGGUGGUCUUUCGAACCCUUCCAUCACACUCCUCCCAAGAACGGCCUCUGGACCUGCCAUCCCACCCUCUCCCCAGCACCUGCUCCAGAGCAGGGGCUCGAAGGUGCCAGCGGCAGGGACGCUCAGGCCCCAGCCCAGCCCAGCCCUACCACCGCAGCGCACAGACAGUCCCUGCUGGACAGCGCCGUCUCACCCAGCCCCUCCUACCAUCCCAGACCCUGCAGGCCCGGGGCUCCUGGCUUCCCUUGCUCUCCGGGCACGGAGGUGCGAGUGGCGGUCUUAGACGCCCCCUGGUGGCGGAGUCCCGCAAACAGACGCUGGGAGUUUGGGGGGGGGGCGGGGGAGCCGGGGGCGGUGCCUCCGCAGAGAGGGCCCCCCGGGGCGCUGGGAAAAUGACGGUGCAAAGAAGGUGGCAUGUGUGACUAGCAAGGUAGGGGGCCGCUGGCGCAGGUGACUCUCGAAUGCUUCCACAGCCAGGGAGGUCAGUCACUCCCUUACA